CUGUCUCUGAGUCCUUGGCCGAUUCUUCAUCGAUCCAGCUUUUGUUUCUGAGUUCUUCUUUCUGCUUCCCUGGCUUUCUCUCUCUUUUUACUUUCUUCUUCCUCCUCCUUCAUACUCCUUCAAAACGAUAGUCAACGCAGAACCGCCUGGCAGCUACAAUCCUAGAUCUCUCUAUCUUCUCGCCCUCGACACCGUCAGGGCCGGGCGAUCCAUCGUCGUUACGGGUCAGCUUCGUUUAUUUUUGCACGUCUAUGGUUUUCCGGUGAUCCCGACGUCGAUCUCGGCCUCUACACCCUCACCGCCGCGUGUUCCUUCCUCGUCCAGCAGCAUAUUUAUCUGAAAUCGAAAGCUGAAAACGUUUUCACCAACCAAAUGGCCCUGAGAGCACUUGUUUCUUUGAAGCGAGCGAAAGCUAGAGCCAGGGCAUAGGGAAGAGAUCGUCGACUUCACUGCCGAUCGGGGAAGGGCAACCCCCGAUCAGAGGCCGCCCAGCAUCUCCAAGAGUAAAGCCCACUUUGCUUCAGCCUUCAGCCCUUGAUUUUCUUAGCAAGACUCUCUCUCUCUCUCUCUCUCUCUCUCUCUGUUUCGAAGCUUGGCAUUCUAGAGAAGCACAUAUACGGUAUACCAUCAGCUAUUCUAAUGGCUGCUUCUUCGAAUAUGAAAAGGAAUUAUUACCAUGUGUUCCUCAGUUUCAGAGGAACAGAUGUCCGCCACGGCUUCCUCAGUCAUCUCUACGCCGCUCUGGAUCAGAGAGGAAUAUACACUUUUGUGGAUAGCGAAGAGCUUAGGAAAGGAGAGGAAAUAUCGCCGACGCUCGUGAGGGCGAUCGAGGAAUCGCGCAUCGCCAUCAUUGUCUUCUCUGAGAACUACGCCUCCUCGCCGUGGUGUUUGGAAGAGCUCUUGAAAAUCAUGGAGUGCAAGGAGCAAAACGACCUGAUGGUGUUCCCAGUGUUUUUCAAAGUGGAACCGAGAGAAGUGAGAGGGGACAGAGAGAGUUAUAAGAGAGCUAUGGAUAACCAUGAGUCCAACUUCGGGAAGGAUUCGGAGAAAGUGAAGAGAUGGAAGAGGGCUCUCCUUGAUGCUGGUAAUUUGUCUGGGUGGCAUUUCAAUGACAGAGAUGAAAGAGAUGAAGCGGAGCUCAUACAAUCCAUCGUCAAGGAAUUAUCAAUUUGUCUCAGACCAAGAUCCUUAUCUGUCGCUAAGCAUCCGGUCAGUCUAGAAUCCCAAGUUCAAAAACUGAUAAGUUUAUCAGAGUCAGCUGGUAGUGAUGUUUUGAUGAUAGGUCUAUGGGGACCUGGCGGCAUAGGGAAGACGACAAUUGCUAAGGCCCUAUAUAAUGCUAUUCAGACGCAAUUUCGGGGUUCUAGUUUUUUGGCGCAAGUUAGAGAAAAAUCGAACCAAAGUGGUGGUCUUGUUUCUUUGCAAAAACGACUUCUAUCUGAUAUCUUACGUCAUAAAGAAUUAACGGUCUACGAUGUUGACGGAGGAAUUAGUUUGAUACAGGAAAGAUUAUGUUGCAAGAAGGUUCUCCUAGUUCUCGAUGAUGUUGAUGAUAUGGAUCAACUGAAUGCCUUGGCUGGAAAAUGCGAUUGGUUUGGCAAAGGGAGUAGAAUCAUUGUUGCAUCAAGAGAUAGACAUCUAUUAACUUCUCAUGACAAAAAUUACGUGUAUGAAGUUAAAACUUUGGAAGACAAUGAAGCACAAGACCUUUUUGGUCAGCAUGCCUUUACAAACAUCAAUAAAGUAGAAAUAAGGAGGGAUCUCAUUGAUGGAGCACUGCAUUAUGCUGGCGGCCUUCCAUUAGCCCUGGAAGUGUUGGGCUCAUUCCUACGUGGAAGAAAGGAACCUGAAUGGGAAAGUACAUUGCAUAAACUCUCUAAAAUUCCUGAAUCAAAAAUCAAUCGAGUUCUCAAGAUAAGCUUCGAUGGAUUGGACGAGAAUGAGAGGGAGAUUUUCCUUGAUAUUGCUUGUUUCUUUAAGGGGAAAAGUAUAAUAGACAUCAAGGAAGUUCUUGAUAGCUGUGAUUUCAACACAACCAUAGGAAUAGAAAUUCUCAUCGAGAGGUCCUUGAUAAAAAAUGAGUGGGGUUACCUGCAAAUGCAUGAUUUGAUUCAGUCGAUGGGUCAGGAUAUUGUUAAACAAGAAUGUCGCGAUGAUCCUGGGAAGCGCAGCAGAUUAUGGCUUUUGGAAGAUGUCGAGGACAUUUUUUAUCAUAAUACGGGGACAGAUGUUGUAAAGGCCAUGGUAUUGUGCUUGGCCCCACCAGAAGUGAUAAUCAUCAGUCCCGAUGCUUUCACAAAUAUGAAAAGGUUGAGAAUACUCAUUUUGCACGGAGGGUGUAUCUCUUCACAGGCUCAAGUACAUCUCCCUAACGAGCUAAGAUGGCUUGAAUGGUUCAAUGCCCCGAAUCUAGAAUUUGGCUCUGGUCCAAAUAAACUUGUGAGACUCGAUGUUCGGGAAAGUCAUAUCAAACAAUUGAUGGGCAACUUUCAGAAUUUUAGAAAGCUGAAGUCCAUCAAUCUCUAUAAAUGCGAGUCCUUGGUUAGUAUUCCUGAUCUGUCAUCGGCUCCAAAUAUGGAGAAAUUGAUUCUUAAUGGGUGUGAGAGUUUGGUGGAGGUUCACCCAUCCGUUGGAAAUCUUGUCAAGCUAGAAGUUUUGUUGCUAGAAUCGUGCUCUAAUGUUAGUAAUUUUCCUAACACACUAAGGAAUAAAUCUCUUAAACUCCUUCAUCUCUCUGGUUGCUCUAAACUUGAGAAGUUCCCAGAUAUUGACGGAAAGAUGGAACAUCUGGAAGAAGUUUAUCUAAAUAGGACAGCUAUUAAAGAACUCCCUGCAUCAAUUCAAAAUCUUGUCUCUUUGAAUAAGAUGUACUUAAUAUUUUGCAAAGACCUUGUGAGGCUUCCACUGGACAUUUAUAAGUUGAAAAAUCUCAAGUAUUUGGAUCUUGACGGUUGCUCGAAUUUAAUCACGUUUCCAAAAAACAUGGAGGAUUCAAUUGAUCUUGAUGGCCUUCUGGGAUUCCGAAGACUAUACUACCUAAAACUUAGGGGCUGCAAUCUAUCAAAAGUAGAGUUCCUUGAGAGUUCUUCCAGUUUUCCCGUAUUGCAGGUCCUAGACCUUUCAUAUAACAAGUUUACUCAUUUGCCGACAUGCAUCAACAAGUACUAUUAUUUGAGCACAUUGGUUGUUAGGGGAUGCAAGCUACUACAAGAGAUUCCUCAGCUUCCAUCAAAUGUUUUUACACUAUCAGCACGUUGUUGUAAAUCCUUGCAAAAACUCCCAGAUUUGGGCGGCCAAGCUUUUUCGGGGGGUUCGGGGGUUUACCCUUUUCGCUAUCUUUCGGUUGACUUGACUUCAUGUAGUGAAUUAUUCCGCAAAGGGGUCAAUAUGGAUGGUGUGGCUAAUUUGUCAUUACUCGAGAAACUGCCAAAGACGAUCAGUGUCGACAUUACUAUAAUGGGAAGAGAGAUGCCUAAAUGGAUUCUCCCCUGUGAAGAGGAUUCCAUAUUUUUCAUGGUUCCAGGGGACUUGCAUGAUAAGUUCAAAGGAUUAGCACUCUGUGUUGUUCUUAGCCCGGAGGAAGGAAAAGUGGUUGACGUUUCAUGUGAUGUCAACAUACUUGUUAAUGGCCGAAAGUUGAAGAUCCACAGUAAAAAAAUUUAUUUAAUGGAAUCUGACCAUGUGUGGCUUUGCUAUUCACACGGUUUUCUGUCUGUAAUAAAGAACCAUCUGCAAAAUGAUUGGAACCAUUUCCAACUUUGCUUUGGAGCAGAAAAAGGAAGCAUAAAGAAGUGUGGUGUCCGUUUAAUGUGCGAGCAAAAGGAGGAUGAUCUGAGGGUGGUGUUCCCAGCACCAUCGGCUGAUAGAAACGAAGUGAAGUUUUUUGGGGAAGACUCAGAAGAAGACAAUUCAAUAGACACUGAGGAAGAAAUACUCCUAUUCAAACAGAUGUGGAGGAAAGCUCAUCACCUUUAACAAAGAAGAUGAGGCGAUCUUAACUACGGUGAGACAAUGGGUUCCAAUGUCUUUGCCUUUCCCUUUUCUGGGCCUCCGCAAGAGAUUUGCAAGUGUCUGCUCCUUCAAUUAGAAUUCAGGAUCAUUAUAAAACAGAGUUUUCACACCAUUCUACUGACAUGAUUGAGGAACAUUUUUUAAAAUUUUGUUUGCCUCCGUUUCUUUUUGAUUUGUGAUGCAAAGUGCAUUAACCCAAAAAAUGAGAGGAUGCUUGUUA